CGUCUUUGGGCAAGCCACAGACAUAUGUCUAUGGGGCAAGCGAAUGUGAUACACUCCCCCCCCCUUUCCUGCGUGUAGCUAGAUUCCUAGAGCCGCACUGUGUUCCUGACCUGCGACUAACGUUAGUGCUGAAGUUGGUGUCUAGACACGGCUCUGCCUUGAGACAAAAGGCUGGGUGUGAGAGAGGUCCACGAUGUCUGAACUUUUUAUGGAGUGUGUUGAGGAGGAGCUGGAGCCGUGGCAAAAACAAGUUCCUGAAGUUAACUUGAUUGAUGAGGAUGAUGAUGAUGAUGAUGAACCCAUCUUCGUUGGAGUACUCUCUAAUAACCAGAAGGAUGGUAAGCCUACCCCUCCACCCCCUCAGAGAGAAAAUGCAGGGAAACAAGAAAUAAAACCUCCUGCUCCUCAGCCUGCCAUUGGCUCCUCGCCAAUGAUGCUGCCAUUAAGUGUGGCUGGAAAUGCAGUAAAUACUGCAGCACCCAAUCUGAACACAGUGACCCCCCAACCUGUUAUUAUCAAUAACCAGGGCUUCAUUGUCACGUCUCCACAACUGGCAAACAACCGUGAGUUCAUUGCCUCUCUUGGGAGCCAGUACCCUCCUGGGACUUCCUUUACAAUUGUACCAGCUAGUCAGCAGCAGCUUUUUCAGCAGGUCACUUCUGCCACAGUAAUGCCUCGUGCAGUCCACAGGCCUCAGGUGCAACAAAUUAGCAACAACGUUGUGACUUUGUCUAACGUGCAGAGUCCUGCUGUGUAUUCGGCACAAUCUCACCAGCUGCAACUCGUCCAGUCCAAAUCACAAUCUCUACAGACCUUUUCUGUGCCUGUGAAGGCCAAUAACAAUAACAGAGAUCAAAGUUUUGUCAAACUAGGAUUACAGCCAAUAGAGAGCGCAGCAAAACGACCCAAGCUUGAUUUGGGACCAGCAAAAGUAAUUGUCCCUGUGGAAAAUGGGAUUUUAAAGCAAAAGUGCCCAAAGUGUCAAGAAGAAUUCCUUACACAGGAUGCCCUGAAAUUUCAUAUGUUGAGCUGCGGUGCAGUUGUGGAAAGUACAGCUCCAUCAGCCCUGAACUUUGUUGCAAACAAGCGCAUCAUGCUGGUCUCAGACUUCUACUACGGACAGUUUGAGGGAGAUCGGGACAAGAAGGACGGGCAGAAGCCCAAUACUACUUUCAAGUGCCAGAGCUGUUUAAAAGUUCUCAAGAACAAUAUCAGGUUCAUGAACCACAUGAAGCACCACCUGGAGCUUGAAAAACAGAACAGCGAGAGCUGGGAAAGCCACACAACUUGCCAGCAUUGCUACAGACAGUACAUGACUCCAUUUCAGCUGCAGUGCCACAUUGAGAGCGCUCACAGCCCGAUCGAAUCCUCAACCAAUUGUAAGAUAUGUGAGCUAGCGUUUGAGUCAGAGCAAGUUCUCCUGGAGCACAUGAAGGACAACCACAAGCCUGGGGAAAUGCCCUAUGUCUGCCAGGUCUGCAAUUUCAGGUCGUCCUUCUUCACGGAUGUGGAGACGCAUUUCCGAAGUGUCCAUGAAAACACAAAAGACCUGCUCUGUCCCUUCUGUCUCAAAGUUCUUAGAAGUAGUCAUAUGUACAUGCAACACUACAUGAAACAUCAGAAAAAAGGGAUCCAUCGCUGUGGAAAAUGCAGACUGAAUUUUCUCACUUACAGGGAGAAAGUGGAUCACAAGACUCACGUCCACAAGACUUUCAGAAAACCUAAAGCCCUCGAAGGCCUUCCUCCAGGAACAAAGGUGACCAUUCGAGCCUCCCUUACAGGAAAGACACCCACAUUGGUGACCUCCCCUGAUCAAUCUGGCUUUAUUGUCAGUCCAGAAACACUAAGUUUCAAUCCGCAAACCAAACCUCCAGGCAGUGUAUCCAAGUUUAAGUCAAACAUCUCUGGAGCAGGAAAAACCAAGGCUUCUCAAAGUAAGAAGCAAGAUAACCGGAAUACUCCCAAGCACAAUCUGGCGCUCAGGAAUCUCAGAAUCAAUGGAGGGCGGUUCACUUGCAUUGAAUGCAACACACGAGUUGAUCACUUCUUUUCUCAUUUCCCAAUGCUUUCAAAUUGUGGUGCGUGCAAAUAUCGGACAAGUUGCAAAGUCUCCAUUGGGAAUCAUAUGAUAAGAUUCCAUAGUACCAUAACCAAAAACAGAUUUUUGAAAAUGGACCAUAAGAAAUAUCCUUCUGCACCAAGAUUUACCCUGGUCUGUCUGAACUGUGACCUCCUCGCAGGCGCAUCAGGCGGUGACCUGAUGACCAAACAUUUAACUGACAGACCAAAUCACGUAUGCAAAGUCAUUCAGGAGAAAGCAGAUAACAAAGCCAAAGAUCGAGUGCAUCUCAUUUUAGGGCAGCCAGCAAAAGUCUUGUACGUCUUGAAUUCAGCGCCUUCUCAAAGACCAAAGGAAAUGGACUUGAAACCAGAUGAAAGUGUGACAUCUGAAAGUGUUACUCUCGCCACUGUUGACCAACUACAGUCACAGCCCAUGCUACUAGCAGGUGAUCAGGAAAAGGGUUCCACAGAAACAAGUUUUGUUGAAGGUUCCUCUGAAGGACACUUAAAGCAGUCGUCCCUGCCCCCUUUAUCGUCUAGCUGUACAUCAGACAGAGAUUUGGAUCUCUGCGAAGAGUCAGUGGGUAACUCAGAGAGCCAAGAUUUCAUAGAGCCGCUUCCUGAGCAUGAGACUAGGGAACAACAUGUCAUAGAGCAGGUCCCUGAACAUGAGACUAAGGAACAUGUCCUAGAGCUGCUCCCUGAGCCCAAGACUAGAGAACAUGUUAUAGAGCCACUUCCUGAGCAUAAGACUAUGGAACAACAUGUCAUAGAGCAGGUCCAUGAGCCCGAGACUAGAGAACAUGUCAUAAAGCCGCUCUCUAAGCCCAAGACUAGAGAACAUGUCAUAGAGCCGCUCCCUGAGCCCGAGACUAGAGAACAUGUCAUAGAGCCGCUCCCUGAGCCCGAGACUAGAGAACAUGUCAUAGAGCCGCUCCCUGAGCCCAAGACUAGAGAACAUGUCAUAGAGCCGCUUCCUGAACCCGAGACUUGUGAACAUGUCACAGAGCCGCUCCCUGAGCCCGAGACUAAUGAACAUGUCAUAGAGCCGCUCCCUGAGCCCAAGACUUGUGAACAUGUCACAGAGCCGCUCCCUGGGCCCGAGACUAGUGAACGUGUCAUAGAGCCGCUCCCUGAGCCCAAGACUUGUGAACAUGUCACAAAGCCGCUCCCUGGGCCCGAGACUAGUGAACGUGUCAUAGAGCCGCUCCCUGGGCCCGAGACUGGGAAACCACAAACUAAAUCAGAAAACCUUUACAUCAACUAAACAAUGUACAUGAAACAUGAGAAGAUAAUGAAUCAUCAGUCAUACCUCUGCAUUGUUUCUUUUAGAAACAUAUGAUAAUGUUGCUUUGGCCACUAAUCACCUCAAGAUUUGUGUGUUUGACAAGUCAAUAUCAACAGGAAUAAUAUUUUAUCAUAUUUCUUUUCUCUCAAGCUUCCAUUGCAUGAAUAGAUGUAAACUAUCUUCUUAUUUAUGAAUACAAAAAACAUCCACCACAGUGUUCUUAGUUGCCCCAUAAACUAUGUAACUAUGUAAUAAAAGAAUUUGCAUAGAUAUACUUUUAAACAUCAGAAAUGGAACUGAUGAUUGUUGCUCAUUUUUGUAUUUCUUAAAAAAUGCAAAAACUGUUCGAAGUUGUCCUUGAAAAACAAAGAACAUCUGGCAUAAAGAGGACAGUAUUAGGCUCUGAUCCUGAUCCCCGGUGGCAAUUAGAUGAUUUGCCUAAAGGGACUGUACUUGACAUUCUGAACAUUAAUGUAAAAGCAAACAAAUAUUUUCUAUGUAAAGAUAUAGUGAAGUAAAAUGUUCUGAAAGAGAGAAGUUCCUCUCCCUCUGUUGUAAUCUGAGCUUCUGUGUUCUUUGCUUUGAUAGCCGGUCCAGCCACGUGUACAUGUUAGUGCAUGUGACUGAAAAAGAGUGGGUAUUUCAUAUAUUGGGGAACUGUCUGAGAGAGCUGUGUGGAGGCAAUCUCAGCCCUCUGUUGUUGUUUUUCAGUAUUUUGAGUAGAACACCUUUUAACUGAGAAAGAUGGACACACCUGACUGCAAACUUAUUCCGUGGAACAGAAUAUACCGCUCACGCUCUCCAGUGAUUUAUUGAUGCAAUUUUAUAUUCUUGAUGUAGUCCCCAUAAGUACAAAUACUAAAAUAAUGUUGUAAUAAUUUUAUAAGUGGAGUUUGCUAUUCUAGAUAAAGAUUAGUUGAACUCAACACCCAAACUAAUUCCUGGUUUAUGGCAGAAAUACUGGUUCAUGAUUGAUGUGGUACAUUAUAUUGUUACCAACUGGUUUUGGCUUAUCACUCAGUUGCUAUACUAAUAAGAAGUAAAUAGUGCAUGUAUAGAUAAUGCUAGUUUCAAAAUUGUAUUCCCUAAGAAAAAAGGUAUCAGAUCUGUGUAAAGUGUGGAUAAAACAGAAGAAUUACACAAUGGUUGGAAAUUAUUAGCUAGAAAAUAACCACAACUAUUGGAGGAAUGAGCAGAAUAACACUUUUAACUGUGUUGAACGUGCUGCUCGUAAAAGAUUUGUAAACACAUUACUUUUGGUGGAUGUGCUCAGCAUGACACUUCAACUCGAUGAACUCUGUCAACCAAUUUUUUACGCAGGUGAAAGGUGGAAAAAAAAAAAAGUAACUCCCUGUAGCUCUUGGAUUAUUUUAUACAAAAAGAUGUUUACUUUGUGACUUAAAAGUUGUUGUUUAUUUCAUAGGUUUUUAAGGUUUUUCACUCUCACUAUUAGUAUAUUUUGAGCAAGUCAGUAAAUGCAACCAUGUCUAUGAUGGCACUGUAAUUGUGACCCUGAGUCUGUUUUGAAUACAUUCCUCCAAAGAUUUUGCUUUGCCUAGGACACAUUUUCCUAAGAAAUCCAUACUCAACUGGGUUUUGAUCCGUUUUCCUGUUAUGUAAAUAAAUCUUUCUUACAAAA